AUGGCUCAUAUCAUAGCUUGGAACUGCCAAGGGCUUGCCAAGCCUAAGGCAGUGAGAGCUCUCAGGUUGCUCUUGAGAAACAACAAACCUGAAAUUGUGUUCCUAAGUGAAAUCAAAACUCCCCAUAUAGCUGCUAUUACCAAAGCCCUGUCCUGUUUUUCCCUCCCCCAUUUUUUCUCCGUUCCUCCUAUUGGUCUAGCUGGAGGUCUCAUUCUUGCUUGGUCCAAUUCCAUAAACCUUCACAUCACCUCUCAUAACCAAACCUUCAUAAAUGCCCUUGUUUUCAACAAUGUUGAUUCCCAAACUUGGCAAUUCAUUGGCAUAUACUGCCCAUGCUACCCUACUGGCAAAUCUUCUUUCUGGACCUCCUUAAAAACUAUCUCCAAUACUUUUGACAGGCCUUGGCUUCUCAUGGGUGACUUUAAUGUUGUCACUUCCCAAAAUGAAAGAAAAGGGGGUAAUCCUUUUGCCUCCUCUUCCAAAAACAAUCUUCUCUCCUCAUUUGAUGACCUUGGUCUCAUUGACCUCGGCUUUCAUGGGCAACCUUUCACUUGGAAUAACAAAAGAGGAGGUCUAAAAAAUAUCCAGCAGAGAAUUGAUAGAGGUGUUGCCAACUCCCUAUGGUGCUCUCUUUUCCCCACGCCACUAUUCUCCAUCUUCCAGCUAUCUCCUCUGACCACGCCCCUCUUCUCCUCACCCCUACCCCUGUUUUAA